AACUUAAAGCUAAACAAUAGUACUCAGAUAAAAAUCAAACACACUACACAUUACACAAUUGUUUAAGUUUCUGUUCCGCUAACGUCGUGUAUUAGUUGCGGCUCAACAACACAGAGUACAGAAUAUAGAAUACAGAAUACAGAAUGAGGCUGAAUAGGGCUUGUGCGGCAGAGCUGGUGCUUAAAAAGCGGCAACGGUUACACCACAGUACUCAGCCCGUGGUUUUAUCAGCUGAACAUUUCAACGGCCUCAUCGACCGGGCAACGCUGAAGGACCGCAAAGAGGACUUGCAGGCCAUCAAGGAGGAGCUUGCCUAUAAGGAAUACCUUAAAAAUGGCAACGCGGCACUCAUGAAGCGUUUCACCAACAUGGUUGAUACAAUUGUCAAGGACGACGAAGAGAAGCAGGCGACCAGAGACAAAGCCUUGGCCGAGUCGACAAAGGACAGACAGACGGUGGAACUGUCGGAACUCAGGCGUACCGAACGCAUUAUACGAGCCAACCGAUUGUUGAACACCUUGAAGCCAGGUCAGCGGGCUCUGCAGCAGGGCCUAAUCGAAUCCGAACUGAUCUAUCAACGCAAAUACAAUGAUGCGCUGAAUGCGGAGUUCGCGGAAGCUGCACGACAUCAGCAGAGCUUAGACGAGCAGCAAUGCCAACCCGCCCUUAUACCAUUUGGCACUGUCACCGAGGAGCAGGAUAAGGCGCAGCAGCUGGUCAAGAUGAACGACGCGCGAGUUAGCUUCCUAAAGGUUAUGGAGCAGCAGCGCCAGCGCAAACAAGCUAAAAAGGAGCAGGAGAUGGUCGAGUCCCUUGUUGAGCGCGAGCGACAUAAAUGCUUGCAGGAGAAGGAAGAGAAAGCACGAAAGGAGCUGCUUGAAAAGAAGCGUCAAUUCUGCCUAGAUGCCUAUCGCGACUCCCUAAAGGAGAAAGCAGAGAAAGCCAGAUUUGAGAAAAUGGCCGAUGCUGUUGACGAUCGAAUUAUUUGCGUCAACAAAGCGUCUCAUCGCUACAUGGACGCUCGCUAUAACAAUCAAAGGAAGAAGAUGCAUGAGGAGCGCAUGCGUCACCUGGAGGCCUUCGCUAAGAAGCACUGCGAGAUAGAGCAGGCGAAGCAACGGCACUUGAUGCAGCUGCACGAGAAGGAAGUGGAAAACUUUAAUUUGGCUGAGCAGGCGGACGAGCUGAAGCGAAGACUUCAGAUUGAAAAGCUGUCCAAGGAGCGGCGUCAAUACGAUCAGGAAUAUCAACAGCAAGAGAGAGAGAAGCAGCAGCGCAAGGCGGAGAUUAAACGCUUUGAGUUGGCGACGCGGCUCAAAAACGACAAGGCCAAUAAGCAGUUUGCAGCCUGUGCCAAAAGGCAGCGGGAUAAAGAAACCUUGGAGCUGCGCAACAUACUGCAUGGCCAACGCGACGAGGUCCUGGCGCAGCGUCAAGGCGAGCUGUUGCGCAUCACGGCCUGCGAAGAAGAUCCCAAUUUGGAAGAUGAUGUCAACUAUUUCGAGGCAGCUGCCCAAGCCAUGGACAAUUGCAAGGAAACGGGUCGACCCUUAUACCCGUUAGCCAAGGCGGCGGAGAUAUACAAGCGCGAGAACCACAUUGACAUGGUGCCCGACGGCCAAGUGGUGCGCAGAAACCAAAUUCGCGACUACUGCUGGCCUGGCUACGUGUCCAAAGCGCAGCUGGCGUUUAACAAGUACGAGCAUCGCGAGAGAUGCAAAACCGAGGAGAACAAAGCGCAUCACAGAAUCUACGAGAAUAGGCUGAAGAUCGCCAAAAUGGCAGCAGAGGAGCGUCCAUUGGCGAAAUGCGUCUCGGAGUAUCCGAUGAAACUUGUGCAGUAUCGCGGCUUGCCCGCCAUAGAAAACCUACCAACUGACCACAACUGUGAUGAGCUGCAGCUGCCAGCUGGCAGCAUUAAGCUCUCCUGUCCAACUAUUGUGCCCGUGAAGCAGCCGGUCGAGGAGGAUCCGGCCAGUGCCUGCUCUUUCAGUGAUAUUUGCAAGUCAUACGACACAGAUAUCAAGUCGGCACCAGACCAGAAUCUAGCAGAAAGAAGCACCUCCAUCAGAGCUUCAGGUGGCAGAGAUUGCAGCGUUUUGGCUACGAGACCAAUGCGCAGCGCCAAAAGGCCAGAUCUCACGCGCUGUUGGACCGCGAAGCCGCAGGCUAAAACGACAGCUAAAAAUGCUUCUGUUCUCGGCUCAAUUGACCAGAAGUACGCUGUAAAUCAAAGCCCAAAAACCGUUUGGUCCAGAAACCUUAAGCAAUGUACUGCUCUGCUGUAGCCAUUUCAAAAUUUU